AUGUCACACGGGAGCGCAGGAGCUGCAGAUACAGCCUCAACGGAAAAUGAAACUGUGAAAUCCGAUUAUGAUACUUUGGGACAAGCACUGUACAACCUUGUAUCUUUCAUCGAAGGUUACGACCAACAGGUGUUGUCUAUGUGUAUGAGAGCUUUCGAGUUAACUUUGGGUUUUUCUCAGUCUCAGUUGUCUACGUUGGCGACCGUGUCUACCAUGUCGCGCAUGGGUUGCUGUUUGAUUUGGGGAUUGCUGGCAGAUAAGCAUGAAUCUAAUUACGUGCUUGGGGCCGGUCUGUUGGUGAUGGGCAUGGCCUCGAUUGUUCUAAGUUCCGCGUCGCAGUACCGAUCAAUUCUUUUCUUGCGUUUCUUACACGGCUUUGGAUUCGCCUCCGUCUACCCCGCGCAACAGAAGAUUGUGUCGGAUUCCCAUGUAUCGUCAAAGGUGAGCGGUGUGUUCACGACCCUUCAGGCUCUAAAUUGCAUUGGACGAUUGCUAUGCGCGGUCAUAACUACGAUUAUUGCACGCAAGGUAUUGUUGGGAUAUUAUGGCUGGCGUACGUCCUAUGUUGUCUUGGGUUACGUCUGGAUAUUGUUUGGUAUUGGCAUUGUAUUUGGAAUGAAAAGUACACCACACAAGGAAGGUGAUAAAACGCCAGGUGCUGUAAGUCAAGUGCAACAAGAUGGUGACGCCAACUCGGCCGAUUCCAAAAACACCUUGACGGAUCUUAUAGCGACGGCCUUUACAGAGGUUUUCACGAGUCGAACCGCGUGGAUUUCUAUAUUUACCAUAUUCAUCGCAGAAGCUCCAAUGUGUGCGUUUAAUUAUAUGACCAUCUAUCUGCAAUAUUUAGGAGUGUCUGAUACAAUGGCGGGUGUGGCAAUUGGGAUAACGUUGAUUGGCGGCGCGGCGGGGAGUGGAGCGGGGGGAAAGAUUAUAGACAAACUUGCAAGUUUGUGGAAAGGUUAUGCUGAACCUACUUCCGGAGCCAUUGUGAUGAUCAUACGAUAUGUUGUAUGUCUAUUGUUCUUUUUGGGCCCAGCACCAAAUGGUCGUUUGCUUUGGUACCAUUAUGUAGAGUUGGCUAUUCUUGGGUCAACAUUAGUUACCCUUGGUGGUGUAGAUAGACCUGUUAUGAAAAAUGCGAUAGAACGGGACCAUCAGGCAACCGCAUCUGCCAUAAUUCGAUGUAUAUCUGGCAUUGCAAGCAGUGUGAUUUUCUUCCAGAUUUCUGCAUAUUUGACCGAGAAAGUGUUUGGCUAUGUCCCCUCUAGGGAGUCGUUUGAAACUAUGGCUGCGGAAGUUAAAGAAAAAAAUGCCGAAGCUCUUAGGAAAUCUAUGAUGUACAUUAUUUUGGCAGGCACAACACUCAAUCUUGUGUGUUAUGCUGCCUUGUUUUUUACGUAUCGCGAAGAUAUGGAUAAAAUUGAGAAGCUAAAUGCAGAAAAACAAAACAAAAAGAAAGCGGAAAAACCAUAG